GGGAGGGGGUUUCUGCGAGUGGAGCUGAAGGGACCUGUUGAUCGUCUGGGAUGGAGGAGCCAAACAGCCAAAUAUGACCUUAAACUGAGUCACAAAGGAGGAUUUGUAUGCCGGCACUCUGUCAGGGACCAAUGGAGAUCAUGGAUGCUCAGUAUGCCUUGGAAGCUGUGGAGAGACUUCAAGCCAAAUUGAAAGAGAGAGGAGAGGCACCAACUCAAGAGAAACUAUCCCUGCUAAAGACUGUUCUCCAGAGCCCCCUGUUUCUUCAUAUACUCAGCUUGCAGCAAGCCCAGCGGAAGCCCCCGGCAAAGGGGAAGGGCAUUUCCAAGUCUGUGUCCAUGAACUGUGGCCCCUGUCCGGGUGUAGCUGUGGGCCUGGGGAACCUCUGCCACAGUGACUCAUACACAUGGGCUGUGGAGAACCGGAGAUCCUUUCAGAGAGAUGGCAGCAAUGCCUCUCUCACCUCCCAGGAGAUGUCGUUCUCAGAGAUCUACCAAGACAACUCUACUAUCACCGAGUCCCAGUACUGCACUCCUCCUCGAAUCAACCGCACCAUGUCAAUGGGGAGGAACCUUUCUGCUAUUGCACAUGAGAGGCGUCACAUUGAGAUAAUAGAGCUGACCAAUGACGGGAAAGGCCUCGGUUUUGGCAUUGUAGGAGGACGUAGCUCUGGAGUCUUGGUCAAGACCAUCCUGCCUGGGGGCGCAGCUGGAAGGGAUAAGCGUCUAUGUGGUGGAGAUCAGAUCCUUCGCAUUGGAGAUACAGAUUUGGCUGGCAUGAGCAGCGAGCAGGUGGCACAGGUGUUGCGAAAUGCAGGUAGCAGGGUGAAACUACUCAUCGCCAGAGACAUGACCAGGGACAAUCACCUCUCCUCUCCGGUCCUCAACCAGGACAAUGUGGAUGGGAAGCGUAAUGACUUCAACAAUGACUACGAGUUUAGUGUCCAGUUCACUAAAAACAGUCGAGGUUUGGGAUUUACCAUCUCUAGCUACGUGGGAGACCUUAACUCAGUCUACAGUGCUGGUGUGAUGGUAAAGAGUGUGGUGAAGGGCAGCUCUGUGGAUCAGGAUGGACACAUGCGCGUUGGAGACAUCAUACUCUCUGUUGAUGGGGUGAGUCUUCAGGGCUGCAGUGAACAGCGAGCCAUGGAGGUGCUCAGGAGAACAGGUUCCCUGGUCAGACUGCGGUUGCUGAGGAAAGCUGUCUGUCUGAGUCACAUCAUGCCCUCAGUUCCUCCUCUGCAGCCUCUACGACACUCCCACAGCUUCCACGAGGGCAACCAUUACAGAAUGAACCUCAACAAGAUUCAGGAGACAGGAAUCUCUUCUCUGCGUGAAAUCUCCUGGCGAGCGGCAUAUGCUAGCAGGCGACCUCGAUACAAUUCCAGGGACGGUGUGAAACUGACUCCAGAGGAAGAGGAAGACCUGAGGAAGAGAUGGCAGCAUGCAGUCGGACUUCGAUAUGAAGUGAUUGUGUGUCAGUUGGAGCGGUUCAGUGAGACCAGCGGACUGGGCAUCAGUCUGGAGGCUCGGGCCGGACAUCACUACCUGUGCUCCAUUUUACCUGAAGGUCCCGUUGGCCAAAGUGGAAGGAUCUUCAUUGGAGACCAAAUAUUGGAGGUGAAUGGGAUUCCUCUGAUUGGAGAGUCCCAUAAAGAGGUGGUCAAUAUUCUGAAGGAGCUGCCAGUGUGUGUUUACGUCGUCUGCUCUCGCAUCGUUCCGCCUUCAGUUCGAGCGAGCGAUGUGGACGAUGAUGACGCCUGUCUCAGUCUCAAAGAUCUGCUGGCUGAGUUCAAUGACAAGCUGGACCAGGGUUGUGUCAUCCCCUGUCCUACAGCCGAGGACAUUACCAAGCGUGGCGUGCCUCCUAUGUCACCUCCUCUGGCCAUGUGGGAGAAGGAGGCUCAAGUGGUUGAGCUGGAAAAAGGCGAGUCGGGACUGGGCUUCAGUAUCCUGGACUACCAGGAUCCAGAAGACGCCUCAAAAACAGUCCUGAUAAUCCGAUCCUUGGUACCUGGAGGUGUAGCGGAUCAAGAUGGCCGCCUGCUACCUGGGGACAGACUAGUGUUUGUUAAUGAAACAGACCUGGAAGGUUCCAGUCUGGAUUAUGCUGUGCAUGUUCUUAAGUCCACUGACUAUGGCCCGGUUCGCAUCGGUAUUGCCAAACCACUGCCGCUGGAGCUGUGUGGUGGCUUGACGCCCAUCGCUGAGAGGAGUGCAAGGGCCUCGACCGAUGACGCAGACAGCCAGACCCAGGCCAGCCUGCUAGCUGCAGCAGCUGAGGUGCAUUUCAACACAACAACUUGGAACUCGGAGGACAACAGCUUCAGCCAGCCACGCUACACGGAAAACCAGCUGCGGUAUCGCUGCAGUGCAAUGGAGGAUGACAAUGUGCAGCAAGCUCCUCCUCUGCCUCCUCGCACAAGCUUUGAGAAGACAAUCACUGUUGUCCGGGGCAACCGUAGCCUUGGGAUGUCGGUGAGCGCUAUCAAGGACGGCACAGGCAUGCUGGUCCGGAGCGUGGUCCAAGGGGGCUCUGUUUGCCAGGAUGGCAGGCUGGGGGUGGGGGAUAUCAUCCUGGCCAUCAAUGGAGAGCCCACCUCCAACGUGAGCAGCGCCCAGGCCAGGGCCAUGCUGCGCAGACAUUCUGUCCUGGGGCCGGAGAUGAGUGUAAUCUACGUUCCAGCUCACCAGGUGGAUGAAUACCGAAGUCGCCUGUGUUUGCCCCCUCUGGCUUCCAUUUCAACAGACAGUGCAUCUUCUUCACCGACACUACCAACACCUUCUCCUGGGCCUGCGCUAGCCCCCACCAGGUCCUCCAGCCCCACAGUGUCAUCAACGCUCAGACUCUCUGCCUCAGUCAAAACCAAAGCGACAGCACUGGACCAGAACACAGUCAGGACCUCUGCUUCAUUUAAAGCGGUGUCUAAAGGCCCGGCCGCCAUGCCUACGAUCAGUCUAGCACCAGACACAAGUUGGCAAGUCCCAAAAUAUCUACCUCCAAAAAAUAAGGAAAAUGGAAGAAAUGGAGACACCGUGAAGGAGACAACGGACAAAACAAACAUAGACGGAAGAUUCCCGAGGCCAGAUGUGCAGAUAACGGUGGACGGUAAAGACGAGAAAAAGGACGAGCUCUGUUCUCACACCGCAGGAUGUUGGGAUCAGCCGAAAAGUGUGCGGCUCAGUCGAGCACCAGGCCAGUCCCUGGGCAUCAGCAUCAUGGGAGGCAGAGGAAUGGGCAGAAGACUGAGCAGUGGAGAGAUGAUGAGGGGCGUCUUCAUCAAGCACAUCAGCCCCGACAGCCCAGCAGCACAUAAUGGCUCCCUCAGGGUUGGAGACAGGAUCCUAGAGGUGAGCGGUGUGGACUUAAGAGAUGCCAGCCACGAGCAGGCAGUAGAGGCCAUCCGCCGGGCCGGAGACUCCGUGAUCCUCAUAGUCCAGUCCGGACAAGACAGAUCUCUGUCUCCUCAUCCCAUCAAUCAUGAAAGACUAUCUCCAACGCCGCUGUCCAACACACACAACAACAAGGCACCUUCGCCAACAUCCGAUAGAGUGGAUCGGAGAAGCCCCGUAAAUGUCCUGGCACCAGUCGUGGCGAUGCCUGAAUAUGGGGAAGACACCAGCAGGAAGAAAAUGCUUCAGCGCUACGGCAGCCUGUCAGGGAAGCUCCACAUGAUUGAGCUGGAGAAAGACUCCGCAGCUCGUGGUCUGGGAAUCGGCCUCGCAGGCAACAAGGAGGGCUCCAGGGCUCGCAUGAGUGUCUACGUGGCAGACAUAGACCCUCAAGGGCCUGCCGGGUUAGACAAGAGGAUACAAGUUGGAGACGAACUACUCGAGAUUAAUGGACAGAUCCUGUAUGGCCGUAGUCACCAAAAUGCUACUACUAUCAUCAACAAUGCCCCAUCUAAGGUCAAGAUUAUUCUUAUCAGAAAUAAAGCAAGUCAGCUGGUGAAAGAAAUCAGGAGAGAGUGUGAGGACACCGUGGACUCCCAGCCAGACGCUGCAGAGGGUGAAGGAUUUUCCGGAGACAUCGAGCACAUCAUUCUACCUCAGGACCAUGUAGGUCUGGGCCUUUGCCUCGCAGAGGACGAGUUCAGUAGUGGAGUGGUGGUCAGGUCUCUUAUUCGGCAUGGCACUGCCAGUAAGCUCUCUUCAAGCAGCAAUGACACGGGCAUAUUUGUGUCAGAAAUCAUCAGAGGAGGUGCAGCAAAUUCAGAUGGAAGGUUGUCGCACGGUGACCAGAUUUUGUCAAUCAACGAGGAGGAUGUUCGUGCAGCAACUCAGGAGCAUGCACAGAUGCUUCUCCAGAGUUGCACUGGAAGCGUUCACCUGGAAGUUGCUCGUUUCAAAGCCGGAGUGCAAAACUCUCACAGAUGUCAGAGUGAAGACUCAGACUCUUCCACUGCGACACCUUCAAGUGGAUGUGAUGCAGCCUCUGGCCACCAGAGGGCAACAGAGAACACAACAGAAAGCCACAUGCUGAAAGACCCUGACAUCAGAAAAGUAAUCAUAUCAAAGGGUCCAUGUGACAAUCUGGGCAUCAGUUUAGCCGGAGGACAUGGCAGUCCCCAUGGCAACGUACAUCUUUUUAUUGCUACCAUGGAUACCAAUGGACUGGCUGCCAAAACACAAAAACUACAGACCGGAGACAGGAUCCUAAGCAUCAAUGAUGUGUCCACUGUGGGAAUGACUCAUGACCAGGCUGGAGCCCUGCUGAACACCAAUGGAACCAUCAGUCUGCAGGUGGCAUCAGGUUUUGGUGGAUUCAGCCCACAGAAUCCCAGCGGUGAGGAUGUCAGGUCAUCAGACCUAACAAGCAGCAUGACCUGCUCUCAAAAUAACUUCUGCCCUCGCAUGUACAAAACCAUCACCUUGGAGAGGGGCUCGUCGGGCCUGGGCUUCAGCAUUGUAGGAGGGUUUGGCAGCCCUCAGGGGGACCUGCCGAUCUACGUCAAAACUAUUUUCAACAAGGGUGCGGCCGCUGAAGACGGCAGGCUGAAGCGUGGCGAUCAGAUCAUUGCUGUGAACGGACACUGCCUGGAGGGCGUGAGUCACUCUGAAGCUGUGGAUAUCCUGAAGAAGACCAAAGGAAAUGUAGUCCUCACUGUGCUCUCCUGAGAUUACCUCAUUUGACUUAAUCUGACUGAAACAACUCUGAAUGGAGCAGCUUCUUGUAGAACUGCUUCACCCAAGAC